AUGCUAUAUGGUUUGGCGUGUUGGGCGGUCUACAGGAGAAUAAAACAGAGUAUGAGUAUUGCAGAAAUGAGAAUGCUUAGAAGAUUGAUGAGUGGAGUGUCAAAAAAAGAUCGAUUAAUAAAUGAAUAUGAGAGAGAAACAAAAGUAGUAAGAGUGGUUAUGAAAAUAAACAUUGAAGGGAAAAGAGAGAUACCAAACAAGAGGUGGUUGGAUGCAAUUGAAAGUUAUAUGAAGGCUGUUGGUGUUUGUGUAGUGGAUGUAGAAAAUCGAGACGAGUGGAGGUUUAGGACAAGGGUGGCUGACCACAAUAGUUGGGAGAAAGGUAAAGGAGAAGAAGACGGUAUAUUGGUAAAUUAA